AUGCACCAUAUAUAUUCUCUGGUGCCACUGCGAGAUGCUGCUCGUGCCGCCUGCGUCUCCCAUGGAUUUCUGCUUUUCUGGAGAUGCUAUUCCAACCUUACAUUCAACGUGUCAACACUUGGGUUGGCUCGCAAGAAAUCCGAGGAUUGGGGAAUCUUUCUCAUCGAUAUAGUUGACCGCAUUCUUAGGAACCAUUCUGGGAAUGGGGUGGAGACACUCGAUCUGUGCCUCCUAUCUUGCGAAAAUAUUGACCCUUCCUACCUGGACAGAUGGCUGCAGAUUGCUGUUCGUUCGGGGAUCAAAGAAGUUACAUUGGAGAUGUCUAACUUCAUGAAGAAAAAGUACAGCUUCCCAUGUUCGGUUUUGUCUGAUGAUGCAGCUGCAAGUUCGAUUCGGUCUCUUUGCCUCAGCGCUUGCGUUUUUCGUCCCACAACAACACUUGGCUGCUUGAGAAGACUGAACGCAUUAUCCCUGCUUUCUGUCCAGAUUACUGAUGAGGGAUUAGGGCACUUGCUCUCGAAAUCUUUCGCCUUGCAGCAGUUAUUUAUCUUCCGAUGCAAUGCGAUAACAUGCGUGAAGAUACCUUCCAUGCUGCAGCAACUCAAGCUCCUCACUAUUAAAUUGUGUGAGAAGCUGCAGGUGGUAGAGAUCAAUGCUCCAAGGCUCUCCUCUUUUCACUUUGAUGGAGCGCUAGUAAAAAUCUCGGUUGUGGAUCCUUCACCGCUUAGGGAUGUCUAUUUUUCAUCUCCCCGUCAGUCCCGCAUGCUGUCUUAUGCUCGUACGAGGCUUCCAUCCAUCACACGAAAUGUUAGGUGCCUGACCCUGGUGUCUUCUGAUGAGGAUGUCAACAUCCCAAUGCUGCACUCCAAGUUUCCCCGUCUCAAGAAGUUGGAAAUUUACAUCAAAAGACCACAAGCUGUUCUGUCUUUGAUUUCCUUUCUUGAUGCUUCUCCGGCCUUGGAUUCAUUCAUCCUGCGCGUAGAUGCGAAUGUCUUGAGGCCUGAUUCUGUUGUUGGAGGCGAGAAUGCCGCUGAUGAUCCAAGGUGGAAGCCAGAGAGCCGACAUGAUUGUCUCAGACAGGAGGUGUGA